AAACCCUCACGGACUUCGCGGGAGCGGGUCUCAAAGUCCGUAAGGGGGGACAUUGGGAUUUGGCCCAUGUCUGUGCGUGUCAGCCGGAAGCCGGCCCUCCAUGCUGCCGUGGCCGCCUCUGCUGAAAAAGAACUGCGCAGCACCACGGCAGAGGGGGCUCUCAACGGGGAUGAAAACCGCAGAGCCUGGGCUACCUUAUAUAACUACCGGCACGUAUUAUCCUACUUUACCAACAAACAUGACAGCGGCUAUUAGUUCUCCUGUCUUCGAAUACAGAGACGUGUCUAACAAGAACAGUAAAAUGAUUAACUCCAGCAUCAUCAACAGUCUUGAUGGACCUCAGCUGACGUCUGUCCAAUGCUCGAGUGCCAACCUCUCUUGCUGCAUCCCCACUGGGUCAAUGCUGGACAGGAAGUUGGUGGGGGCCCCCUCUGCAGCAGGGCCGUUUCAACGCCGUCACUCAAUCAGCCUCGCCAGUGCAAAGUUCAGCCAGAGCCAGUUUGUCAACAACCUUCAAAUGGAUCCGUCAGUGUUGUUGGGUAGCAGCUGCAUCAGCAACAAGGAGAACCAUUUUCACGAGCGCUCCCUUUCAGAGCUGGGGGAUAGGCUGUGGCCCGGCAGUCAGGCGUGUGUGGGUGGAAGCAGCCAAGUGAACUCAAGUCGCUAUAAGACGGAGCUCUGCCGACCCUUUGAGGAGAACGGUACCUGUAAAUACGGUGAUAAGUGCCAGUUCGCCCACGGCAUGCAUGAGCUGCGCAGCCUGAGCCGUCACCCAAAGUACAAGACCGAGCUGUGUCACACCUUCCACACCAUCGGGUUCUGUCCGUACGGCCCUCGAUGCCACUUUAUCCACAAUGCAGAGGAGCGCCGCGGGCCCCCUCCCCUCUCCACCAUCAACAAGAUGGAGCGCCCUCGCCUGAAGCACAGCUUCAGCUUCGCUGGCUUCCCCAGCUCCAGUGGCCGGCUGGACAGCCCCACUUCCGUCACACCCCCACCCAUGUUCUCCACUGAAGACUUGACCGAGUGGCAGAGCGAACCCUUUGCUCACUCCAACCAGGAGCUUGCCAGCCUGUUUGGCCCCAGCUUGGGGCCUCCACCUGUGUCUGAGCUUCAGGGCCUGACUCCACCUUCCCUGACCACCCCCUACCUUUUCCAGCCCACAUCAGAGAUCUCCCCCAGCCCCCUAGACUCUCUGUCUGACCAGGAGGGCUACCAGAGUAGCCUGGGCAGUCAGAGCGGCUCAGAGUCCCCACUCCUGGAUGCCUCCCAUCGCCUUCCCAUCUUCAACAGGCUCUCUGUCUCUGAUGACUGAGGUGUUUGCAUCCCUGGGCCUGAGAUGGGAGGAAUGGAAAAAGACAGAGGAGGGUGGAGAUCAUUCACCUCUUUUGCCCCGUUUACAGGAGAAGCAGGCCGCUCUGUGCAUUGUUGUAGCCAGUGAGUCUACUUGAUCUAAAUCCAGAUCAAGUCUACUUCCGAUAUUGUGAACAGUUGGUAAACCAGAAUCCUAUUCAUGUACAGGCCUGCACUGGUGCCAUGGUGGAAUGAAUGUGAAUGACUGUGUUCAGUAGUUUAAUAUGACUUAUUUUGUGCUGUAGGAGUGGCAGCGGGGUCGCUGUACUGAGCAAAGUGAGUUUUAGUGUUGUGUGUCUUUACAUUUAUUAUUAUUAUUAUUAUUAUUAUUAUUAUUAUUAUUAUUAUUAUUAUGAUCACCUGUGCCACAAUCCUGACACCCUUCUAGAGGCUUGUGUCAACUCAGUGUUACAUUUUUAAAGGAUCAUCACCAUAAAAUGAACAAGAGAAUGUCGGUAGACGGUAAGAUUCUAAAAGUGCCUUGGAGUUUAUUCAUGUGAAGCCAUAAGUGAGCCUAGACUUUCAUUUUCACUCUAAUCAAGUCCAGUCUCCUGUUCCUCUCACAUGUCAUAGUGACUGUUUUAGAGUGUGACUGAUGGGUUGCUUUCCUCCAGUCGGGCUGGAAUCCCGGUGCUUUGGUGAGCAAACAUAGAACGAUAACUGAUAUUACAGAGACCUUUUCUUUUAUAACGGCCAAUAUCAGGGUUUUGAAUCUUUGAAUGUGAUUCAAAAUCUCUGAAGUUGCAGGUUGGGUGAAAGUCAUUUCACCCAGGUUACCAGAAAACAUAUUCUCUCCCUUACUUUUAUUGGGCAUAUUUAUCCAGGUUUGGAGAUAUGCGUCUGUGAGAUCUUGCCUCCAUCCCAGUAAAAUGGAGUUGGGUGGAAUCUAGUUUGCUGUGCUCACAACAUAAAUGUAUUCAACAGCAAUAUCUCGUCCAGAUAGGUGUUUGUCUCUCUGCAUCGUCCACAGAAAACGCUGGGGGCAGUUGUCAUUCUGA